AUCACCAUUUCCUUGAAUGGUAACUUGCUUUUGUUAUUUAAAAAGAAGCCCUCUCUUCCUUCUCACUCUCUUUGUUCCCAAACAUGGCGCAACCGAGUUUCUUUGUUGGGGUUAUAGGAAAUAUCAUCUCAGUUCUCAUGUUUCUUUCUCCGGUGCCGACAUUCUGGAGAAUAAUAAAGCAUGGAUCUACCGAAGAGUUUGAAAGUCUGCCUUACAUCUGCACAUUGCUGAACUCGUCCUUGUGGACUUACUAUGGAGUGAUGAAGACCGGAGAAUACCUUGUGGCCACCGUCAACGGCUUCGGGGUUGUGGUGGAAACCGCCUACAUAAUUGUAUUUCUUAUAUAUGCUCCGAUCAAGAUGAGAGCCAAAACUGGGAUUCUGGUUGGACUCUUAGAUGUGGGAUUCUUAGGAGUGGCCAUAGUAUUUACUCAGAUAGCGUUGCACGGAGAAGUUCGGAUUGAUGUCGUCGGAAUUAUGGGUGCUGCUUUAAAUAUUCUCAUGUACGGCUCUCCUCUAGCUGCCCUGAGAUUAGUGGUGACGACGAAAAGCGUGGAAUAUAUGCCAUUCUUACUUUCACUGUGCAUGUUUUUAAACGGUGGCGUUUGGUUGUUUUAUGCCAUCCUUGAAAGCGAUUGGAUCUUGGGGGUGCCAAACGGAAGCGGGUUUCUACUGGGAGCGGUGCAGUUGGGGGUUUAUGCAAUGUACAGAGGUCCUAAAUCUCCCACCAAAUUCAACCAACCCGAUGAGGAACAACACCAUCCUCUCAUCUCAUCUUCAUGAAUCUUCAAAUCACUGCCACUUCUUUUUUGGUCUGAGUUGAUUGCUCAGGCUAGUGAACCAGUAAAAUAGUCAUCUGAUUGGUCGGUAAAGAGGUAAUUUGAAUGAGUCGACCAAGUUGGAUUUUUCAUUUCCCCCCCCUUUGCUAAGUCUAAACAAUGUCAUUUUGCAUUUAAAAGAACAGUAAUUCAUCAUAUUUGUGAUUUAGUAAUUAACUCUGUUGAAUUAUGUAUGGUUUAUACAUCAAUAUUUGAUUUAUUUGUGGAUGA